AUGAACGAAGAGCAAGUCAUCGCGGUGACUGAUGUUGCGGGCAGUCUCAAGGAGCUGGUACUACUCAUACUGAGAGCCCAAGACGGCAACGAAGAGUGUAUGAGCAGGCUCGAAAGCGCAUUAGGCGGCGAACAGGCAGCAGUCGGGGUUCUGGACUUCUUCUCUGACGAGUUCGCAAUCGAGUGA